AUGCUGAAAGACCAUCACGAUGCUGUAGUGUCCUUCUUUUCAUCAUCUCUUUCAUCAUCAAAAAAGCAUACCGCCUGUGAAGAAUCUGCUCACAGUAUAAUGGAGAAGAGUGGUGAAGCAAAUGUAAAUCCUGAAAUAAUUUUUAAUAGGCGACGAGAAGAGUAUUAUGACUUGCUUCGGAAAGGUAUAUUAUUGAGAAUGGAAGAAAAUUACGUGGAAUCUUUUGAGUAUUUGAAAAAAGUUGUGGAAUUGGAACCGAGUAAUUUUGAAGGAUAUUUAGAAUGGAGUGUUUGUAUGAGUCUCUCAAAUAGGAAUAUUCAUGCAAUUAGAAUUCUAUAUUGGGGAUUACAUAAAUGUAAUUUUAGUUAUUGGUUUUCGGAAUCAGAAAGAGACAUUGAAAGAGACUAUUUUCAUAAUUUAUUUAUCGGAUUAAUUUAUGAGAUUAAUGAACAACAACACACCAGCUUGGAGUACUACAAGGAAGCUUGUCGACUAGUCCCCAAUGGUUUCUAUGCUUUAUUUUCCUGUGGAUAUUCUUUCGGUUCUUUAUGCUUAGACAAGAAUUCAAAUUUAACUUCUCAAGAAAAGGAGCGCUAUAUUGAGGAAUCUUGUAAAUAUUUUGAAAAAGCUCUUGAACGUGUUCAUGCUAGCCCUUUUCACUCCAAAUAUCACUCUUAUUAUAUCUGUAUUCUUUGUACAAAUAUUGCAUGGGUGUUGCGAGAAAAUAACGAAACCUCGAAUGACGCUCUAAAUUAUUAUUCUAAAGCAACAGAAUGGUACGAUAGACAUUUGAGAUCCUAUUUUUCAAGAGCAAGUCUCUAUGGAAGGAGAGGUGAAUAUGAAAAUGCAGUGAAGGACUAUACGAAAUGUAUUGAAAUUAAGGAAUUACAAGUUCCAAAAUGGGAAGGAAUUUUGGUGAAACUAAAAAGCUAUGUUGGAUCGAAUGUUAUGAAUCUUCUAUCGUUGUUUACAACAAGACAUGCAGCCAACGAUUUUCGUUCAAAAUAUUGCUAUCACAACGAAGAAGUGAGCUCUGGAUUUUCACAAUAUGAUAUGAAAGAAUAUGAAAAACGACUGGCUGAUAUAUACGAAGAGAGAGGGACACUUCACUUGGAAAAUCAUGAUGUACAAGCCGCUUUAUUUGAUUUUGCAGCAGCAAAAUUAAUUAAUCCUUGCAAUGCAUGUUCUCAUAUUUUUGUGAAUUACAUUGCGAGCAGUGUUUUGGACCAGGAAGAGAGUUCUGAAAUCUUGUUGGAAUACCUCAAAUACUUGCAAGAAGAAAAUGUUUAUGACUAUGAACUUAAUUUCUUCGAUAUUGCCUCGAUAUUCAUUCACAGUUCCCACGUGUUUGAGGAAAUGAACGACUCCACGAAAGCCAAAGAGUUCAAGACCAAAUUUGAGUGUGCUUUGAAUCAUUCACGAAUUUGCUAG